CGGUUAAUUUAUAUUGCCGAAAACCUAAACAUUGCCAUACUUUGGAUAUCUCAACAGGAAAUUGUGUUGACAUUCAACAAUGAAAAAAAAAUUGAAAAAUCGUCAUAUUCAAAUUUACCAGUGAACUAUGAUAAUCUCUCACAAGUCAGCAACAACAUUACUAAGCAACAAACCAUGAUGCCACUAUGUUUGAAUGGGUAGGAUAAAUUCACUGUAAUAUAAAAUUCAUCAUUUGGCGCGCUCAUUUUGACCGUUGAAUUGUAUAAACACUGUGUGCGAAAAUAGUAACUAGAUCACUAGAUUUUGUUUGAAUUUGUCAUUGCGUCUAUCACCAGACAUUAUCAAUCAAUCAAUUUUCAUUAUGGAAGAUAAUUUAUUUUACGGUUAUCUUAGUUAUCAUCGCAAAGAUUCCAAAAAGAAUUAUUCGAUACGCAAACGAAACAUUACAAUCGGUAGCCAAAAAACAAAUGACAUACGGUUAAAAAAAGGUAUAUCUGAUCGGAAAUAUCUUCAACUAUCGAUCGUGAAUGAAUGCAAUUAUAAACUGGACAUUUGUACAUCUGUUCCAACUGUUCGAGAGAACAUCGCAAUCGAUGAUGCAAAAGUUUUUCUUGAGCACGAAUCCAUUCAAUUAAAAGAUGGCAAUGUUCUAUCAAUUUUUGGACUAAAUUUUACAUUCGUCGCCAAUAAAGCUGAUAAUAAAUCAAACAUUACUAAAUCAGCAUCGAAAAUUCCUGUCUUGAACAAGUUGAAUCUUUAUUCCGAUAAAUCAUGUGGUUCACCAAACAAAAAUCUGGCUACAAGUUUUCCAUUGGUUUGUUCGACAUUGGCACAAAAUUCAAAGAUUCCAGUGUCCGUUCAUACACCCAAAUUGAUUAAUUUGAAUGAUGAUACGUGUACACCUUCACUGGCCAUAUCCAGUCACGAAAAUAAUGAUUCAACAUUGCAAAAUGAUCAACAAUCUUGCGUUGCACAUAUGGAUGAUAAUGAUGAUAACGACUCAGAUAAUAAUGAAAGAACUUUCGAAAUAGAUCGGGACGAAUCAAUGCUGCUAAAGUUUAAUACACCAUCUUCUUCGAAAAUUGGCUCCAAAUCCUUGAAAUCCUUAUUGAAAACGGCAACACCAAUAAAUAUGGAAACAACAAAUCGGAAAUCGGUUGUUUUCAAUGAGCUUGUGGAAGAAAAUCACAGUGAAUAUGAUAGUCGUACUGGACAAUUAUUUUCUUCAACAAAAAUGUCCAGAAAACUAUUCCCCAUUUCACCUGAUCAACAAACAUCGAAUGAUGAACAAGAUGAACUGAGUGUUUUUCUACAACAUGCUGAAAUUGACUCGUUCAAAGAACAAUCAACACUCUAUCAGGAUGCCGUCACCGAAGUGUCGAUUACAAGUCAGGACUUUGUCUCAUUCAUUGACAGCACUAUGACUAAAGAGCAAUCAGAUUCCGAAUCAGAUGAACUUGGUCAACUUUCACUAACGAUAAGCAAUCAUGAUGAAUGCAAAGUUGAUGGUAAACCUGACAUACUUGUCGAAAAACAACUUGGCACCCCAGUAGCUGAUUAUGAUUCGAAUGUCGAUUAUGGUGUAAAAAAACUACAACAACCGACAACACCGUUGGCUAAUUACGAAUCAAAUGUUGACUAUGCCAUCAAGAAAUUACAACAACCGACAACACCAAUGGCUGAUUAUGAAUCGAAUGUCGAUUAUGGUGUGAAAAAACUUCAACAACCGACAACACCGAUGGCUGACUAUGAAUCAAAUGUUGACUAUGCCAUCAAGAAAUUACAGCAACCGACAACACCGAUGGCUGAUUAUGAAUCAAAUGUCGAUUAUGGUGUAAAAAAACUACAGCAACCGACAACACCGAUGGCUGAUUAUGAAUCAAAUGUCGAUUAUGGUGUAAAAAAACUACAGCAACCGACAACACCGAUGGCUGAUUAUGAAUCGAAUGUCGAUUAUGGUGUGAAAAAACUACAGCAACCGACAACACCGAUGGCUGAUUAUGAAUCAAAUGUUGACUAUGCCAUCAAGAAAUUACAGCAACCAACAACACCGAUGGCUGAUUACGAAUCAAAUGUCGAUUAUGGUGUAAAAAAACUACAACAACCGACAACACCGUUGGCUGAUUACGAAUCAAAUGUCGAUUAUGGUGUAAAAAAACUUCAACAACCGACAACACCGUUGGCUAAUUACGAAUCAAAUGUUGACUAUGCCAUCAAGAAAUUACAGCAACCGACAACACCGAUGGCUGACUAUGUAACAUACAUUGAUUUUGGUAUCAAAAAACUUCAAAAAAGCAUUACACCCUUACCUGAAUAUGAUGGCAAUCUAUCCGGAUUCGAGAAUCUUUUCUCAGUCGACGACUUGAAUAUGAUUACGCCAAUCAAGCCAAGAGGUAGAGGACGUCGACCUAGACAGGUACAAAGAAUUGAAGAUAAUGAAAAUCGAAUUCUAACACGUAGUGCAGCAAAGAAUAAAAACAAGAAUGAAGAAAAAGAACCAUCAGCGGAAAAAUCGGCAAAAUGUAAAAAACAAUCAACCGGCAACAAACGACGUCGUAAAAUUGACAAAGAUGAGAUUGGUCUUCUCAUUGAUAGCGAUAAUGGAAUUGAAUCUGAUGAAGUUGAUAUAGAAAAGAUUCGAGAAUUGGCCGCAAUCAAUUCUAAAAACCACAUGUGGAUCAUUUUCAAAAACGUUCUCGUGGCUCCAGAAAACAAUCAGCAAAUAAUGAUAGAUUGCAAACAAUCGACAUCGAACUGGAUGACUAUCAGUUAAUGGAUGCAAUGGCUAAAACGCCGAUAACUAGUAAAAAGACUAAAGUGAAAAAUGCAACUCGCAAGAGAAAAACAGCAACGACAAUGGAUGAAUC